AUGGCGUCGUUGGCGGAGAAACGAACUGUGGAUCCGUUGCUAAAAGAUCUCAGUGAGAAGAAACAGAGCUUCCGGCGGAACGUGGAGUCGCUGGCGGCAGAGCUCAAGGAGGUCCGCGGCCGUCUCGUUUCGCAGGAACAGUCAUCUGCUCGCGAAAGCAUAAACAGACAGGAAGCAGAAAUCAAAGCCAAAUACCUGGAAAAAGAGACAAGUAGAUUGCAGCAGAGUUUAGAUGACAGAAAUCAACAGCUUCGGGCUUCAAAAGCUGCGGCCAAGAUGUACGUGAGGGAUUUGGACGAUCUGAGGUCGCAGCUUUCAGCUACUAAAGCAACAGCAGAUGCAAGUGCAUUAUCUGCUCAAUCUGCACAAUUACAGUGUUCUGCAUUGUUGAAAGAAUUAGAAGUGAAAAAUUGCUCUUUGAAAGAGCACGAGAAUCGUGUGAAUAAAAUGGGAGAACAAUUAGAUCUUUUGCAGAAGGAUCUUCAAACAAGGGAAAUUUCUCAAAUGCAACUCAAAGAUGAAGUCUCAAGAAUUGAGCACGAGAUCAUGCAAGCAUUAGCUAAGGCUGGAGCAAAUAAAGAUUGUGAGCUUAGGAAAAUAUUAGACGAGGUUUCCCCGAAGAAUUUUGAGAAGAUUAAUAAGCUUUUGACUGUAAAGGAUGAAGAAAUAGCUAAGUUGAGAGAUGAAAUUAGGAUUAUGUCUGCUCAUUGGAAGUUGAAGACUAGAGAGUUGGAAUCUCAGUUAGAGAAGCAUCGUAGAGUUGAUCAGGAGCUGAAAAAGAAAGUCCUCAAGUUAGAGUUCUGUCUUCAAGAAACUCGUUCACAAACUCGGAAGCUCCAAAGGAUGGGAGAGCGAAGAGAUAGAGCUCUGAAGGAACUAAGAGAUCAGUUGGCUGCAAAACGACAGGGUGCACCUGUAAAUGAAAAGCACAAUCCAUGGGAAACUUCUGGGCCUGUUCCAGAUGAAGAUGCUGUUGUUGGCAUUGGAGUUGCUGUGAUUGGGCAUGUCGUUGAUGAUGAUGAUGUAGGGAAAAUACAAGAACCAGUGCCUGUGUGA